AUAAGUAAAAGCACUUGUUUCUCGUCGGAAACCGGAAGUUGAGGUUUCAAGAAAGAAUAGAGUAGCUCGCGGAAAAAAUGGCUACAGAUAGACAGCUGUCAUCUUUCUUCAGCUCCCCUCACACAGGCGUUUGGAAAAUAUUCCUCUUUGCCGCGUUGUUGUAUUUUUCUUCCGUGUGCUCAGAUAUAACAGACGGCAACGCUGAACACUUAAAGCGGGAGCAUUCACUCAUAAAGCCAUAUCAAGGUAUUGGAACAAGUGCUUCAAGUCAAUGGGAUUUUUGGGGGAGUACUUUAAUUACAAGCCAUUAUGUACGCCUGACGCCUGACGAACGUAGCAAGCAAGGUUCCAUCUGGAACACAGUGCCCUGUUACUUGAAAGACUGGGAGAUGCAUGUGCAAUUUAAAAUUCACGGAUCAGGGAAGAAGAACCUGCAUGGGGAUGGCAUUGCAAUUUGGUACACAAAAGAGCGAUUGCAUCCUGGAGCAGUCUUUGGAAACCAGGACCAUUUUGUAGGCCUGGCUGUUUUUAUGGAUACUUUCCGCAAUGACCUCACCGGCAUGGAUCGUUCCUUUCCCUACAUUUCUGCAAUGGUGAGUAAUGGCUCACUGUCCUAUGAUCAUGGAAACGAUGGCCGCUCUACAGAACUGGGGGGCUGCUCAGCUGAAAUCAGAAACAUAGACCAUGACACAUAUCUAGCUAUUCGAUACUCCAAAGGCAGACUUACAGUUAUGGUUGAUCUUGAUGACAAGAAUGAGUGGAAAGAGUGUAUCGAUAUCGGGGGUGUCCGCCUCCCUACCGGCUACUAUUUUGGAGCGUCUGCAGCUACAGGCGAUCUCUCCGACAACCAUGAUAUCAUCUCUAUGAAAAUGUAUCAACUGAUGGUAGAACACACUCCUGAGGAGGACAGCCAAGACUGGACGAAGAUUGAGCCCAGCGUCAGUCUGCUCAAGUCUCCCAAAGAUAACAUUGACGAUCCUACUGGUAAUUUCCGGAGUACACCUCUUACAGGCUGGAAGGUCUUCCUGCUUCUCCUGUGCGCUCUUCUCGGGAUUGUUGUUUGUGCUGUUGUGGGAGCAGUGGUCUUUCAGAAACGACAAGAGAGGAACAGGAGGUUUUACUAGACCACAGUCUAAACAGGACAUUUUCUAUGAACUCAAAAAAAAAAAUGUGGAUGAGAGAGGCUAAUGUGAAUUUUUUUUUUUUUUAAGUAAGCAGUUGGACAAAUGUCAAAAUAUUGAAAUGAACAAUAAAAUACAAGAAGGGGGUGAUGGGUAGCAGCAGUGGUUUCGGGUUCAUGCAGUGUACACGAUCAUAAUUUUUUUUUAAAUUUAAGUUAAAAACCAACAAACUUGAAAUCAGAAUGGAGGCCAUGUGAUGUAACUAAAUUUUCUCAUCUACACUGUUUAGUCUACACUUCCCACUCUGAUCCGUUUACUGGUAUGAUCUGUUUUAAACGUGUGUAAUUCAUAUACGUGAUUGUAGUGCUUUUAGAUUUAAACCGAAUCAUUUGUUUCUUUAGGUGUACUUGUUAGUUUCAGUCAGUUUGUUUUCAUCAAUUACAUUUUUGGGGGGUUUUGAAGGAGAUUAUGGUAAACUUUAAGGGUUGAAUAGGGUUUGGUGGUAAACCAGUAAGGGUUGAGAAACUAUGGAUUGUAUCCCAGCUGCAAGCUACAGCCAUUUUGCCUGGGAAUAAACACAACACCAAGGUUCUCGAUUGUAUUUGCUGCAUUUUUGUUACUCUAAACUGCUUUUUAGGAAAAGGAAAAGCAAUUUAAAAAAAGUUGGGGGGGGAUGUUAAGUUAACCUGAUUCAGUUUACCAACCUGCGUCAUGCCUGUUGAGGGUGUUUCUUUUUUCUUCAGCUUCAAUUUCUUUUGACUUGCGACCGCAGAGUCUUAAGUAUUAUUGGCUGCAUAAGUCACUGCAAUCUGUAUUUGCUUUAAUAUAAAUGGCUUAUUUCAGUACACAUGUAAGGACACAGCACAACUUGUGGAAUUUAAUAGAAUAAAACAACAAUGUUUGUCAACCUGAAAUAACAAAGCUGUAUGAUGGGAAUCUUGUGAAUGUAAGAGUACAUGUUUUACAGACAGGUCAAAAUGCACUGAUUUGGCUGUCCGCUACAAAAAAGUCCAUUUUCUGUGAAGGAAUAAGGACAAGACUUGUACAACAUCUGGAUGGUUAAUAAAGAACUUCUUCCAGUA